CAUCCAUCAAAGAAUAAUUUUUCAACGAAUCCCAUUUCCAUUUUUCUUCUUCCUUCCCUUUAUUAGAUUCUUAUAAAUCUAUACAUUCACAUAUAAACAUGUCUUUCUCCGACUUCUCAAAGGUUGAAACUGUCAAAUCCUUGAACGAAUUCUUGGCUGACAAGUCUUACGUUGAUGGUACUUCUGCUACCCAAGCUGAUGUUGCUGUCUACAAGGCUUUCCAAAAGGAAUAUCCACAAUUCACCAGAUGGUUCAACCACAUUGCUUCUUUCACUGAAGAAUUCGAAGACUUACCAGCCGGUACUGCUCCAGCUGCUGCCAAGGAAGUUGCCGCUGAAGAAGAUGACGAUGAAGUUGACUUAUUCGGUUCCGAUGAUGAUGAAGUUGAUGAAGAAGCUGAAAAAUUAAAGCAACAAAGAUUAGCUGAAUACGCUGCCAAGAAGGCUAAUAAAGGUCCAAAGCCAGCUGCUAAAUCUGCUGUUACUUUAGAUGUUAAACCAUGGGAUGAUGAAACUAACUUAGAUGAAUUAUUAGCCAAUGUUAAAGCCAUUGAAAUUGAUGGUUUAACUUGGGGUGGUCACCAAUUCAUCCCAGUUGGUUUCGGUAUUAAGAAAUUACAAAUCAACUUGGUUGUUGAAGAUGACAAAGUCAGUUUAGAUGACUUGCAAGCUAGAAUUGAAGAAGAUGAAGACCAUGUCCAAUCUACUGAUAUUGCUGCUAUGCAAAAAGUUUAAUCGUGCUUUCUAAUUUAAUUAUAUUUCUAAAAUUUCUAUUGUAUAGUAAUUCUUUUUUAAUUUUAUUUAGUUGCACGCUUUUUAUGUAAGUAAAUGUUAUACACCGUAAUAAUUAAUUUAGUAAAAAGUAU